CUAUAUAAAUGUGAAAGUCAAUUAGCGUAAUACAAGAAUAGGUGAAUAAUAAUAGGUCAGAAAAGCUGUAGCGAUCUGUUUGGCAUUUUCCAGAUCUAAAAACAGCUUAUUGAUGAUGGUUUCGAUUAUUAGAAGCAGCUUCUCAUUCAUUACAGGCACGGCUUUCGGAGUGUACAUAGCUCAGAACUACAACGUACCCAACGUUAAGACGCUCGCUUCCAUGGCUCUUUCCAUGGCUAAGAGCAUAGAGCAUGCUUAUAGGAAGCCCACGACCAAGAACAAAGAUAAUGAUGAUUCUUAAUUACUUAUCUAAUCUCUCUUUCUGCUCCACCACUUUUUUAUAUUUAGAAGGAAUAAGAUGUUUCUUUAUUCAGUUUGUUUUACAGAG